AUGUCCUUUGUUUCAUUGAAGAAGGUUUUUAAAUAUGUAUUUAUUGGAUGGUCAUUAAUUAUGGGGAUUUUUAUAUUAACAGGAGCUUUACAUUUUGUAUAUAAUUCAGCAGGAUCAUUUUUAAUAGAGGGACUAAAAACAAAUCCAACUCUUGCGGUAAUUCUAGUUGCCGUUGCAUUAUUAGUAAUGGGACUAAUGACAAUUUUAUAUCCAAUUUAUUUCAUUUUCUUUAAAAGAGAAUCAUUUGUUAAUUCAAAUUGGUUCUUUACAUUAUGGUAUUUUAUCUUAUCAUGUCUUACUUUUUUUAUUACUGGAGUACUUGGUUUAGUUGUUGGAGCUUUUUGUUUUGUAACUGCUGUUUGUUUGUUGAUAGCAAUUAUCAUUUUAAAAUUUCCUAACAACUCAACAAUGCAACGAAUAGAUGACACAGAUGUACAACCUGAGUAUCAUUCACAAACUCAACAACCCUCAAAUUCUUUUACUGAAAAACAAAACUAA